AAUCCACGACUUUUGACAUAACCGGAAAUAGCGCUCUUCUUCCACCGUUGAGGAAUUUCCUUGCUCAAUCAAAUCGCAUUCUCUUCUCUACACAUUUUUUUUCUUCAACCAAAAACCCUAAUUCUCCAUUUCCAUUCACUGCCAAUUCUACGCUCUUUGCUUUUGAUUCGAUUUACUUGGCGUUGCGUUUCCGAAAAAAAGACAAUAAUAAAAAAUUCGGAUUCAGUAGUGACUAGUCCAAAUUCUGUAGAGGCGAUCCGAAUCUUUGAUCGGUGAGUUUGCGCGAUCAGCAUUGCUUGAUAAUCUCCUCAGAUUCAGAAUCGUUUGUUUCGGCGGGUGAAAAUUCGAACUUUGUUUUAUUCUUGUUAUUGCGCCGAGCUCCUUGUUUCAAUGCUUGCAAGGAGAGUAAGGAGGAUUCACGCUUUAAAGCUAUGUUAUGAUUCGAAAAUUAGGGUUCACGGAAUUCAAAAUUUAGUGCGGUUUUUAAAUAUAUUGUUUUGAGCGUGUGUGAGAAGUGGCAGAAGUGAAGUUCUCCAGAAUUUUCUUUGGACAUGAGAAGCUCCUGGUUCAAUAAAUUGUUCAUAAUUAUUGGUCCAAAACCGCCACUGAGCUGGUUAGUCGUGUGUCUGAUCAGCGUGCUAGCUCUAAUUGCAUUGUUAAGUUCUUCUCCGUCUUCUUCCAGUGCCAUUGAUUCAGCAACUCGUAAUCCGGCAUCAAUCGUCUACUCUAACUACAGAAGGAUAAAAGAGCAAACAGCCGCUGAUUAUUUGGAGCUGACGUCUGUGUCGUCCGCUGGUGGCGCUAAGCCGAGGGAACUGGGAAUUUGUGGAAAGGAGAGGGAGAACUUUGUGCCCUGCCACAAUGUCUCUGCCAAUUUGUUGUCUGGGUUUAAAGGAGGGGAGGAGUUUGAUCGGCAUUGCGAAGCGUCGAGGGGACUGGAGAGGUGUUUGGUUCGCCCUCCCAAGGAUUACAAGAUUCCCCUGCAAUGGCCGAUUGGCCGGGAUGUUAUCUGGAGUGGGAAUGUGAAGUUAAGCAAAGAUCAGUUUCUUUCCUCUGGAAGUAUGACCAAAAGGUUGAUGCUACUAGAAGAGAACCAAAUUGCUUUUCACUCAGAGGAUGGCUUGAUCUUCGAUGGUGUGAAAGAUUACUCUCGCCAGCUUGCAGAGAUGAUAGGUUUAGGAAGUGAUGCUGAUUUUCUCCAAGCUGGUGUUCAAACUGUACUAGAUAUUAAUUGUGGAUUUGGUAGUUUUGGAGCUCAUUUGUUGUCACUGAAAAUAAUGGCAGUCUGUAUUGCGGCAUAUGAGGCAACUGGCAGCCAAGUCCAAUUGGCACUUGAGAGAGGCAUCCCUGCUAUGAUUGGCAACUUUAUUGCAAGACAGCUUCCAUAUCCGUCAUUAUCAUAUGGCAUGGUUCACUGUGCUAAAUGUGGCAUCAUUUGGGAUGAAAAAAAUGGAAUGUUCCUUAUAGAGGUUGACCGUGUUCUUAAACCUGGAGGAUAUUUUGUUCUAACAUCGCCCACAAUCAGGCCACAUGGCAGUUCAUCACGGGAGAAAAAUAGAAUCAUGUUGAACCCAAUGGAAGAGCUGACCCAGCAACUCUGUUGGACUCUUCUAGCUCAGCAAGAUGAGACUUUUAUCUGGCAAAAGACUGCUGAUGUUGAUUGUUAUUCAUCUCGGAAGCAGCGUGGUAUACAGCUAUGCAAAGGAGAUGAUACCCAUUUAUAUUAUCAUCCUAUUGUACCAUGUAUCAGUGGGACCUCUAGCAGGCACUGGAUUGCAAUACAGAACAGAUCCAUUGGAUCUGAGCUGAGCCCAGCUGAACUUGAAAUUCAUGGAGUUCAGCCUGAAGAAUUUUAUGAAGACAUGCAAUUCUGGAGAUCAGCAGUCAAUAAUUAUUGGUCAUUGCUUACACCACUAAUUUUCUCUGACCAUCCAAAGAGACCUGGAGAUGAAGACCCAAUGCCUCCAUAUAACAUGAUACGAAAUGUUAUGGAUAUGAACGCUAAUUAUGGAGGUUUAAAUGCUGCUCUUCUAGAGGAGAAAAAAUCGGUGUGGGUUAUGAAUGUUGUUCCCGCCAGGGCUACUAAUGCACUUCCUCUUAUACUAGAUAGAGGUUUUGUUGGUGUUAUGCAUGACUGGUGCGAACCUUUCCCCACCUACCCCCGGACAUAUGACAUGCUUCAUGCGAAUGGUCUCAUCUCACAUCUAGCAUCAGAGAGUUGCAACAUGCUAGAAUUAUUCUUGGAGAUGGAUAGAAUAUUACGUCCAGAGGGAUGGAUAAUUCUUUCUGAUACUAUGUGGGCUAUAGAGUUGGCUCGGAAGCUUGCAACACAGCUACGUUGGGAGGCCAGGUUAAUUGAUCUUCAGAAUGGCAGUGACCAACGACUUCUUGUAUGCCAGAAACAGUUUGUGAAAAAAUAAUUGGUUGAAGACUAGUAUUUCUCACCAUUGCAUAUGAUCACGAUUCUUUUGGUCUG